AUGGCUUCGAUGCCCACACCUGGGGAGCGGGAAUACCUUCAGGACAAAGCGAUGGAGAGAAGUGCGAACCAGAGUGCAAUUCCUGGAGUAUUUGGAGAAUAUUAUGGAUUAGCCACCUGGACUAGGAGCCUCCAUUUGGUCAUUUCCCUGCUUGGGCUGCUGGGGAACAGCAUCAUCCUGUGGCUCCUGGGCUUCCGCACCCGGAGGAACCCCUUCUCCGUCUACAUCCUCAACCUGGCCGGGGCUGACGCCCUCUACCUGUUGGGCCGCUUCGUGUUCUCCAUGGAGAGACUGAUUAGUCACGUUGAUUACGUCAUACUCAUAGCCGUGUUCUACUUUACAACCAUAUCGUAUAGCGUGAGCCUGAGCCUGCUGGCUGCGAUCAGCACCGAGCGCUGUCUAGCCGCCUUCUUCCCGGUCUGGUAUCGGUGUCACCGCCCCAAGCACGCGUCCGCUAUAGUGUGCACCGCCUUAUGGGUUCUGCCCGUCCUGUUCUGGGGAGCAGAAAUGAUCCUUUGUGCCUUCGUGUAUUAUCUCAGGUUCUGUUUCUCCGUCAAAAUUGUCCAAGUCGUGUGGUUCAUCCACUUCAGCCCAGUGCUGGGCGGGACGAGUCUGAGUUUGGUGCUGAGGGUCCAGUGCUGUUCGCAACGCCGGCAGCCGCCCACCCUCUACCUCCUCGUCCUGCUCCUGGUCCUCGGGUUCCUGCUCUGUGGCCUGCCUUUGGGGAUAGAAGAUGUCCUAUGGAGAUUGGGCUUCGAUUUCAAGCCACUUUGGCUCCCUUCCCUCCUGGCCUGCGUAAACAGCAGCCUGAAACCCCUCAUUUACUUCUUCCUGGGCAGCCAAAGACAUAGAAGAGGGAGGGAGCCGCUUAGGGUGGUCCUGCAGAGGGCCCUGGCGGACGAGCACGAAUUAGAUAGAAUGAAGGACACGCCGCCACACCAGCUCUCGGGCGAUGCCCUUCUGAGGCUAAGAACAAGAAGCUCAGACUGGGAGCCCGUGAAAAGGGAGCCCUUGCCCAGGGCUGAAGCUCCCUCCUACUUCCCUGAAAGCUCCAGCCAGAAUCCCGCCCCACCCCUGAUGUUGGUGCCUAGGGUUUGA